GUUCUCUGGCUCUGAAACAAACGGUUUUCUGAUAUAUAUUAUUAUUAUAAGAAGAUACGGGUUUAAAGCAUAGUUCACAAUGAUACAGACCUAAUCUCUUGGGUCAAGUUCACACAAUGUUUACGCGUAACAUUAGCAAAAUGUAAAAAAAUCUCAGUUUUAAUACCGCCGUCACGCGGUGUGCUUAAAAUAUUUUUGGUUCCAUUUUUAGCUUUAAUUCAGUUUUUUUAAUAUGUUAUUUUUAAUAUUGACCGUGUUUUUCUGUUGUGGCUUGUGUGAUAGUGAAGAAGGUGAUCUAGGAUAUAGUUUGAAUAUUGGGAAUGCUAUUGAUGUUUUCGCUAAUUAUGGCGACCUCUCACAAGUAAUGCAAGUACUAUCAGCUGAUUAUGAGGAAGAGAGUUAUGAGCCGAUGGAGCCAUUUAGAGAGAAGAAUAUAAGAGUCUUUGAUAACAUCUACAGUGGGGUCACCCCGGGGGACACUAUGGUGGACAUGAAUAUACAGUUAUGUGAGACACUCGAAGAUUUGCUGCAAGCGUACUUCCAGAACUUUACUAUUGAAGGUACAGACAUGCCACCUAAAGCCUUCCUCGGUGACUGGAUGGAAAACGAAAUAAUGCGAGCGUUCGGCAUUGAAUACGACAUGAGACCAGAUAACUGCUGUUAUGUUCUCGUAAAACUAUCAAAAGUUAAAACAUCCGUGAAAAUAAAUAGCCUCAAUGACGCAAAAGUUAAAGGCUACGUUCAGAAAGCGAUAGACCACUUGAAUAUAAGCGAUUCUACGGAGAUAAGACGGUUUAUGAAGAGCUAUGGGACGCAUUACAUUGAUUCUUAUGUUACCGGCAAUUGUAUUUACCAAGUAUUCAAGUACAAGAGAACUGGCUACAAUUUACUGAAGUCGUACAUAAGGUAUCGAGAGCGCAGAAAAUCCAACUCUGAUAGUUUGAGGUUUUACUUUUCCUCAUACUUCUUGAAGCAAGUCGGCGAUAUAAAAAUAGCGAGUGGCAACAAAACGGUAGAAACCUGGGCCAGAAACAACCUCAAAGACAGCCAGUAUUUAUUUUCCAGACCCAGCCUUUUACGACUCCACUACAACCCAAUUCUAGCGUCUCAAUUAGACGACAUGUUAGAUAAUGGAGCCCUCUUAAGUCUUAACUUAAAAACAUUAAAACCUCUGUUUAAAGAUCGGUAUAAAGCUCAAAAAUUCACUGAAAUUGUAGAAAACGAUAUGAGACUUUGGGAAGUAAAUACGUGAAUAUAGGUAUAUAAAUAAUAGUAAAAUAUAGCCUCAAUUGUCUUCCAGUUGA